CAGAGUCAAUAAUCAAAUAGAUUGAGUCAGCGACGCCAAGUAUUGAUAAAUGAAUUGGGGCAAUAUUGUAAUUUGGGCCACGAUGAAAUUGAAAGGGCUUAUUUUAUUGUGAGGUUGAGAGUUGAGAUGGCGGCAGACGCAGGGCAGGCGCAGGAGGCAUGUUUGGAGCGUUGAGGAGUGGUGAGUUGUUGAACAAAUGGCUGACUCUGCCUCCCGUUACAAGCACUGCGACUAUGGAGGUGAAGGCGAAGGUGAAGGCGAAGGCGAUGGCGUUGGCGUUGGCGUUGGGGAAAGAAAAUCAAAUCUCCUCCACUCCCACCACUGCUCUCAAAUGGGUUGUUCGCUGCUGCCCAAACCUGCCCAGAGCCCUUGUGCACAAGCUUUUCCGUCUAAGACAAGUUCGAAUUCUCUCUCCUUCUUCUCACUCUCACCAUCCAACAUUCAAAAGGGUCGCAGCUAAGGACACCUUGAACACUGGUGAUCGGAUCUUACUUCCUCAAUCCGUUAAACAAACGCCUACCCACAAACAUCACUCUCAUCUCACUUCCCAACAAAUCAACUUUAUUCGCACUCUUGUUAUCUAUAAGGAUCCUGCAAUCCUCGUUCUCAACAAGCCUCCGGGAAUGCCAGUGCAGGGUGGCAUUAAUAUCAAACGGAGUUUAGAUGUAGUGGCUGCUUCGAGUUUAAAUUAUGAAUACUCUGAACCCCCUCGUCUGGUGCAUAGACUUGACAGAGACUGUUCUGGCAUUCUGGUCAUGGGAAGGACACAGGCAAGUGCUACACUCCUGCAUUCCAUCUUCCGGGAGAAAACUUCCAGGGCGUUAAAUGAUAUUGGAAAAGAGAAGAGAAUCCUACAAAGAAAGUACUGGGCUCUGGUCCUUGGAUGUCCUAGACGUCCAAAGGGGUUGGUCACUGCUUCACUGGGUAAGGUGGUGGUUGACAAUGGGAGAUCUGAUCGAAUAACUAUUGUUGACAAUUCUACAAUAAUGUCAUCACAACAUGCAAUUACAGAGUACCGAGUGAUUGCAUCAUCAUCUCAAGGUUAUACAUGGUUGGAGCUGUCUCCUUUAACUGGUAGAAAACACCAGCUUCGGGUCCACUGUGCCGAGGUGUUAGGUACACCAAUAGUUGGGGACUACAAGUAUGGAUGGCAAGCUCACAGGAAGUGGGGACAUUUUGAUUUGUCUAAUGUGGACGACUCACGUGAAGAAGAGCUUCUCAAGGAAGAAACACUCCCCUUUGGCCUUAAUUUGAAGAAAGGGAGCAUCUCUGAGAAUCAUCCUCGUUUACAUCUUCAUUGCAAGCAGAUAGUCUUGCCCAAUAUAUCUCAAGCUCUGCAAAAUGUGCAAUCAGCUUCCAAUUGUGAUCUUUCACUAGUGGAAGGACUUGAAUUGGCCGCGGAUUUGCCUCCAUACAUGCAAAGAAGUUGGGAUGUCACAAAUUGAGUUAAUGGUUUAUAUGUCACAGGACAGCCUAUCUAAUUCACUUGAUUUCAUCGAGGCAAUUUCUUUCGGUCGGGUUUUCUCAGAAUUCCCUUGAUGCCACACUUCAAGAGCCGGAUUGGCAUUUGCAUUUUUCCUGACUUUUUGCUGUGCUACUCUGCAUGAUUAGGCUAAUUGAAUUCAGAUCAGUUGAUUCACAGGGAUUCAGAAACAGUGAAACUGAGAAUCAUCGCCGCCAAUUCAUGAAUGAAAUUGUACUGGUAAUUAUUACUAGUUACUAAAGGCUAAAUUGAAGUCCCUUCAAUGUUGUUGUAUGCAUCACAACGUUGAGUAGCUAUUAAAAAGCAUCCUCGAUAAUCCAGUUUUGGCGCUUGCCGAGUGUCCGUCGGAUUUAAUUUGUUUGAUUUGUACGUGAAAGAUUAAAUUUGUAUUUAAUCUCUAAACAAUUUUAGUAGGGUGACACAAAUAAUUAAGUCUCUUUGUUUCAACUA